AUGCCGGGGUCGAUGAAACUCCUGCUUAUUGGGGAUUUGCAAGGUUGGAAAAUUCUGCGCUCAUCCAACUCGCUGUUGAUGAAAGCAGUGGCCAUGGAGAACUUUGCCUUGACCUACUCUCUUGAAGAAAGUGAAAGAUGUGUUGGUUUUCCGACUGGGCUCAAUCGCUGGAAGGACAAGGUUGAUCUCUAUCACUGGUCUUGUAGUUCCAACAACAUGCCAUUGACCGCUGAGCUACUUUCCGAGUACAAGGGAGUGUUUGAAAUGUUCGAUGAAGAAGGGAAUGGAUUAGUGAAAACAGCUGAUUUGGCCAAACUCAUGAGUCUAUUGGGCAUCAACCUCACCAAACGGGAUUUGGCACAAAUGGCCAAAGAUGUGGAUAAAGAUGGGAAAGGUGCAUUUAACUGUGAAAAUUUCCUGGCCUUGAUGGGAGAUUACCAUGAAAAAGCGAAGAAUCAGGAUAAAGAACUCAAGGAGGCCUUCCUGGUGUUUGACCCUGACAGAAAGGGUUACAUUGACUGGAACACCUUAAAAUACGUCCUGAUGAACGCAGGAGAGCCUCUCAAUGAAGAAGAAGCAGAACACAUGAUGAAAGAAGCUGAUAAAGAUGGUGAUGGAACAAUUGACUAUCAAGAAUUUGUCGACAUGAUGACUGGUGAAUCCUUUAAGCUAAUCAAGUAAACACACCUGAAGGAAGGUUUCCACCUGGACAGUGAAUCACUGGU